AUGAUGCUACGUACCAGGCCGGGGGCUAGAUAUGGACAAAGCUAUUCUACUGCCGCGGCCGCCUCUCCAAUUUACCAGUCUGCAGAUAACAAAACUGCAUUUAGAUAUGCCUUCGGAGUGCUUUCGCGGCGAUUUAGUUCUCAAGCACCUGCUGCCACAGUCCAAAUGAAUCUCAUUAAGCAACUGAGAGAACGGACUAGUGCUCCUAUCAAAGAUGUCAAGGCUUCUCUCGUUGAAUGCAAUUGGGAUAUCGAAGCGGCGCAGAAGGAUUUGAGGAAAAGGGGGAAAGUUUUGGCGAUGAAAAAGUCAGGUAGGACGGCUGCUGAAGGAUUGCUUGCAUUGGCUCAGAAUGAGGGAAGGGCUGCCGUUAUUGAGCUUAAUUGCGAAACUGACUUUGUUGCCAGAAAUGAAAUUUUUCAGUACUUGGCUUUAACUUUAGCAAAGCAGGCUUUGCUCGUUGAAAUUGCUUCUCAACUGGUUUCUGGGGUCCAUCCUAUUGGACUUGAGUCUCUGGAGGAGUUGAAGCUAAAUCUUGAACAUCCAAAAAUAAGUGGAGAUACGACUGUUCAAAAUGCAAUUACAGAAGUAGCUGCAAUAAUGGGUGAGAAUGUAAGACUCAGAAGGGCCUUUUUGAUGUCUGCACCGUCACCUGGUGUUCUUUCCACUUACCUUCAUACUAGUCCUCAACCGGGUUUGGGUCGAAUUGCUGGACUUUUAUCUCUUGAGAUAGAGGAUGGGAAUUCUCAGUUGGACGCUCUCCAGCAUGUUGGAUCAGAAUUGGCAGUGCAUCUGGUGGCAGCAAAACCAUUGUUCUUGCAAAAGGAAGAUGUUCCCUCUCAUGCAUUAGAAAGUGAACGUGAAAUUCUUAAGUCUCAGGCAGAAAGUACGGGGAAGCCUCAGAUGGCCAUAGAGAAAAUGGUAGAAGGUCGUUUGCGUAAAUACUAUGAGGAAGUUGUUCUGCUGGAGCAAAAAUUUGCUGUGAAUGAUACAAUAAACGUAAAGACUCUGCUCAGCAAUUUAUCCAAGGAAGUGGGCUCAUCCGUGAAGAUAGGGAGUUUUUUCAGAAUGGAAGUUGGAGAGGGAAUUCAAAGGGAGGAGGCGUUGAGUGCAGACGACCCAGUGGCUCAGGCAGCUUGA